AUGGCUUCACCAGGCAUCCCGCUGGAUACUGCUGCCAUCAUGUCAUCGGUGCUAGAAGGCAUUUUAUACGGGUUUUCAGUCCUCAUGUUUAUAGGUACUAUUUGGAUAAUCACCUACAAACGUCACAUACACAACGUCAAUCGGCCAGUUGUUGUGGUUGCCAUUCUACUGUUCUUACUGAGUACCGCGCACCUGGUCUUAGGCAUCAUUCGUAUCGAAGAUGGACUAGUGAAGCAGCGCGACACAUUCCCAGGCGGCCCAGUCUCGUUCUUUGCAGACGUUACCCAAGAAACGUUUGUGAUCAAGGAUGUGAUAAUCAUCUUACAAACCCUACUUGGCGACGGGGUGGUGAUUUAUCGAUGUUACAUUGUGUGGCAAUCUGUGUGGAUUGUCAUUAUACCUUGCAUUAUGUGGUGUGGUAUCGCUGUGUUCGGUAUUUUUGGGGUCUACCGCUUUUCACUGGUGUCAAGUAACAGUAUCUUCACUAACCAGACUGGACAUUUGGCCGCGACGUUCAUGACCUUGUCACUUGCAACAAAUUUGCUCAGUUCAGGAUUGUUAGCUUAUCGCAUCUGGAUGAGCGAACGCAAGGUCUCUGGAAUCCGCGCUACGAAGGGGAAAAUGCCUUUAUUGCGCGUGCUUACAGAUGCUGCUAUUUUGUACUCUGCAGCGCUCUGCUCCUCAAUAAUAUGCUUCGUCCUCUCGAACAAUGGACUGUAUGUUAUGGCAGACUUGAACGUCCCGAUCAUCUCGAUUGCCUUCUACAUGGUGUUCAUUCGCCUUGCGAGCAGUCAACACAAUCAAAGUUAUAUCUCAACUGUCCUUGGAAGGACAAGCGAGAUAGAACGCAGAAACUCGCAGCAAUAUCCUAUGCAGUCUUUGCGCAGUAUAUACAUGCAAAAUGAUACAUCAUCCUUGGCUGAUACCCCCAAAGCGCAUACAUUAGUGUAG